AUGGUUGCCGCCAAGAAGCACGUCCCGAUCGUCAAGAAGCGAACCAAGACCUUCAACCGCCACCAGAGCGAUCGGUUCAAAUGUCUCUCCUCCAAGUGGCGCAAGCCUAAGGGUAUUGACAACCGAGUUCGACGACGAUUCCGUGGAAACACUGCUAUGCCCUCGAUCGGUUUCGGCUCCAACAAGAAGACCCGUCACCUCACACCCUCCGGCCACAAGGCCUUCCUCGUCAACAACAUCAAGGAUGUUGAGUUACUCCUGAUGCACAACCGCACCUACGCCGCAGAGAUCGCCCACAACGUCUCGUCAAGAAAGCGAGUCGAUAUCAUUGCACGAGCGAAGCAAUUGGGUGUCAAGGUCACCAACGCCAAGGCCAAGGUCACCACGGAAAUUUAA